AUGUCUGGAGGCACGAUCAUGGAUACAAUGACCUCGCUUCCUCAUCAGAAUGACCAAAAUGUUAUUCGUCACCUCACAAAUCUCGUGAAGUCGCCCGUAUCCGGCGAUGAUGACAUUAAGAAGAAGGAAGAUUCUAUCAUGGAAUUGGGUAACAUUUUGGCGCAGAACAAGCAGACUGAGGAACUUCGAAAAAUGAUCGAGCAAACAAGACCAUUCUUAGUUUCGCUAGGAAAAGCUAAAGCUGCCAAACUUGUCCGAGAUCUUGUUGACUUGUGCCUCAAAAUUGAUGAUCAAGACGGUGAUAUCAAAGUUGGUCUUGUAAAGGAGUGCAUCCAAUGGGCAACUGAACAGAAUCGUACUUUCCUUCGACAAACUCUGACUGCUCGACUUGUUCGUCUCUACAAUGAUCUGCAGAGAUAUACACAAGCUCUGCCACUCGCCGCAGAUUUGAUUCGAGAGUUGAAAAAAGUGGAUGAUAAGGAUGUUCUUGUGGAAGUAGAGCUUGAAGAGAGCAAAGCUUAUUACAAUCUGGCUAACAUUGGACGAGCACGAGCUUCUCUCACUGGUGCACGCACUACUGCCAACGCCAUUUAUGUCAAUCCACGUAUGCAAGCAGCUCUUGAUCUUCAGUCCGGAAUCCUUCACGCUGCCGAUGAAAAAGAUUUCAAAACUGCGUUCUCAUAUUUCUACGAAGCAUUCGAGGGGUAUGAUUCGGUGGAUGAGAAGAGUGCUGCUCUUACUGCUUUGAAAUAUAUGCUCCUGUGCAAGGUAAUGUUGGAUGUACCAGAUGAAGUGAACAGUCUUCUCUCUGCAAAACUUGCUCUCAAGUACAGUGGAUCCGACUUGGAAGCGAUGAAAGCAAUCGCCGCUGCAGCACAAAAAAGAUCUCUCAAAGACUUUCAAGUUGCGUUUGGUUCAUUUCCACAAGAAUUACAAAUGGACCCAGUUGUUCGAAAACAUUUCCAUUCAUUGAGUGAGAGAAUGCUCGAAAAAGACUUAUGUCGUAUUAUUGAGCCCUACUCAUUUGUUCAAAUCGAUCAUGUCGCCCAACAAAUCGGAAUCGAUAGAUCCAAGGUAGAGAAAAAACUCUCACAAAUGAUUCUCGAUCAGAAGCUUUCGGGCUCACUUGAUCAAGGAGAGGGAAUGCUGAUCGUGUUCGAUAUCGUAACUCCUGACGAAGCUUACCAGACAGCAUUGGACACUAUUCAUGCAAUGGGGGAAGUUGUUGACGCACUUUACAGUAACGCUUCCAAAAUCAAUUAA